AUGAAUCAACCACCAAAUCAGCCUCAGGACAAUGACUCCCAAGUUUCUAGCUCGGGAAUGCAGGGUGGCAAUAGUAUGAAUUACUCUUCGUCCGCUCCCGUAAACGGUGCUGGUCAGGGACCACAACCGCAACAGAAUUCUCAAGGUCAGAAUGGAAAGAAGCCAGUAGGAAUGCAACAAGCCCAAAUCCAAUUGCUAGCUCGUCGGUAUCAGCUGGAGAUGCAAAAGGCACAUCAACUAGGCCCUCAAACCCCUCAAGGUGCGGAGCAUCUUCAAACAGCCACUAAGAUCAAGCAUGUUUUGCUCAGUUAUCAACAACAACGGCAAAGACAACAGGGUCAAGUUCAAGGACAGGGUCUAAGUCAACCACAGGGUCAAAAUCAGGCACAAGGGCGUGUUCAACAACAAACGCAAGGUCUAUCACCGGACCCAGGAUCUCAUCAAGGAUCUCCCCAGUUUCAACAACCUCAUCAGGUAAUGAUGGGAUCAGCUCAGACAGCAGGAACCUCAAUUGCAAACCCCCAGGCUCAGUCUAACAUAUCGUCACAAGUUUCUCAAAUGGCUGCUGCUAAAGUGAAUUCUGCGUCCCCUCCUAUCCCUCCCAAAACUGUAGGAACUCCCACAGGAACUCCAGUCGGAACGCAACCAAGAGGUCAAGUGACCAUCCAGCAGUUUCAACAAGUUAAAUCUAUUUUAGAGGAAUUUGAAAAGAAGUUACGUACCAUUGAGGCCGCCAAAAGAGAUCAAAAUCUCCCCGAGGAGACACUGCAAAAACUGUUGAGACAGGAGGCAAUCCUGAAACAAAGAUAUGCUCAAACUAAAGCUACUGCCUACCAGAUGUCCCAACAUUUGCAACGUCAACAACAGGCUUUAAGGGCUGCUUCUGCCGAAUCUGCAGAAGUUUAUGUCACCGGUUCUGCUUCAUCACCCAAUAUGAAUGUUUACAAUCAACAGAUUCUUACACAGCAACCUCAGCAGCAACUACAGCAGCAACAACUGCACCAACCUCAACCGCAGCAACCGCAACCGGCAAGGCAAUCACCACAUCUUCUAAUACACCAGCAACAGCAGCAGCAACAGCAACAACAACAACAACAGCAGCAGCAGCAACAACACCCUGUGACACACCGCCCUUCAAAUGUUUCUCAAACAAUGCCACAACCUUCUCAGCCCUUGCAAUCUUCUACUCCUUCGUCCGCCGUUGGGAGAAACCAAUCUCCAGGAGCCACGCCUGUGACAUCAGUUAAUGCCGCUGCUAAGCCUAGUCCAGGCACAUCCUCAACGAGCACCCUUAUUAACCAGCAUAUUUUAAAGCCAGCUCCACCUCCCACAGAGAUCCCAGCUAGGUUACAGGUUAAACCUCCUCAGCCUGCCGCUAUGAAGAUUCCCAACAGACCAACGCUUCUUGGAGGAUCAGCUAUUAGUCAACCUUCACUGACAACUCCAGUGAGUAUUAGGCCACCUCCAUUGGAAAUGGAGGGCGACCAUGUUCUCCAAAAAAGAAAACUGAAGGAGCUACUAAGGAAUGUUGGUGCUGACGAAGGUGAUGGAGAAACUGUCAUUGAUGGAGAUGUUGAAGAAUUGCUACUAGAUCUCGCUGAUGAGUUUGUUACCAGCGUUACUUCAUUUGCCUGUAGACUGGCUAAACAUCGCAAGGUGGAUAAUAUUGACAUGAGAGAUGUACAGUUACAUUUAGAACGAAACUGGAACAUUCGCGUUCCUGGAUAUGCAUCAGAUGAGAUAAGAAGCGUCAGGAAGUUCCAACCAACAGCUGGCUACAAUCAAAAGGUCCAAGGUGUUGCUAUUUCCAAGAGUGUAAAUAAGAACUGA